CUGUAGCAGAAGAGAAGCGAUGACAGGUGUACUUCAACCAUGGAUAAGCCGGGUGGUAGUCUUGCUUGUGCUGAAUCAAGCUCUGUACGUCCAGUCACUGGUUUUCCCAACAUCACCAUUUUAUACGAUGACUGGCUCCAGCUUUAUCAGCGAAGGUAGCGGCCCUUUAGUCGUCACAGUCUCGCGAUUCGGGAUUUCUUUCGCAGACCCUGCCACAAUUUAUUACACCAUUGAAAAUGCCAUGCCUCCGAGUAUGGACAUCGUUGAAACUUCUGUGACAACCGGCGUCAACUUAACGGAAGUCUUCGGAGCCACGACCACAAUGAUCACUAUCACCGUACCUAUCAGUGACGACUCGAUUUUCGAAGGAACGGAGUCCUUUCACAUUAGGAUCCUGAACACAAGUACCGGCGAUCCUGGGCCCGACGACACCUUCACGUUUACUGUCAUUGACGACGACGGAAGAAUCACGGAGUGGUCGGAGUGGGUGCUCGGGGUGUGUGGGGGUACAUGUGGGAUGGAGCAGAGGAUGGAUACCAGGACACGGAUGUGUGACACCGAACAUCAGGAAAAUCUCCGUUCGUGUUUGCCAUUCAGCAGUACUGAAGAAAGAGCAGUCAAUUGUGCCUCGCCUCGGUGUACAACCACAACAGCCCCAACCACAACGCCACCCCCUACAACCACAACUCCUCCAACAACCACAACACCCCCAACAACCACAACGCCUCCAACAACCACAACACCCCCAACAACCACAAUGCCUCCAACAACCACAACACCCCCAACAACCACAAUGCCCCCAACAACCACAACACCCCCAACAACCACAAUGCCUCCAACAACCACAAUGCCCCAAACAACCACAUCACCCCCAACAACCACAAUGCCUCCAACAACCACAACACCCCCAACAACCACAAUGCCUCCAACAACCACAAUGCCUCCAACAACCACAACACCCCCAACAACCGCAAUGCCUCCGACAACCACAAUGCCCCGUACAACCACAACGCCUCCAACAACCACAACACCCCCAACAACCACAAUGCCUCCAACAACCACAUCACCCCCAACAACCACAACGCCUCCAACAACCACAUCACCCCCAACAACCACAAUGCCUCCAACAACCACAAUGCCUCCAACAACCACAUCACCCCCAACAACCACAACACCCCCAACAACCACAAUGCCUCCAACAACCACAAUGCCUCCAACAACCACAUCACCCCCAACAACCACAAUGCCUCCAACAACCACAAUGCCUCCAACAACCACAACGCCUCCAACAACCACAACACCCCCAACAACCACAAUGCCUCCAACAACCACAAUGCCUCCAACAACCACAUCACCCCCAACAACCACAACACCCCCAACAACCACAAUGCCUCCAACAACCACAAUGCCUCCAACAACCACAACACCCCCAACAACCACAAUGCCCCCAACAACCACAACACCCCCAACAACCACAAUGCCUCCAACAACCACAAUGCCCCCAACAACCACAUCACCCCCAACAACCACAAUGCCUCCAACAACAACAACACCCCCAACAACCACAAUUCCUCCAACAACCACAAUGCCUCCAACAACCACAGCACCCCCAACAACCACAAUGCCUCCGACAACCACAACACCCCCAACAACCACAACGCCUCCAACAACCACAACACCCCCAACAACCACAACACCCCCAACAACCACAACGCCUCCAACAACCACAACGCCUCCAACAACACCAACGACACCGGCCCAUACUUGGACCACAUGGUCAACGCCCCCUACUUGGACCACAUGGUCAACGCCUCCAACAUGGACCACAUGGUCAACGCCCCCAACAUGGACCACAUGGUCAACGCCCCCAACAUGGACCACGUGGUCAACGCCCCCAACAUGGACCACGUGGUCAACGCCUCCAACAUGGACCACAUGGUCAACGCCUCCAACAUGGACCACAUGGUCAACGCCUCCAACAUGGACCACGUGGUCAACGCCCCCAACAUGGACCACGUGGUCAACGCCCCAAACAUGGACCACGUGGUCAAGGCAACCAACAUGGACCGCAUGGACCACUCCGCCGAAGAGCUGGACACCAUGGACUAAUCCCCAGCCUGAGUGGUCUCGCUGGUCAGCACUCGGUCCUUGCUCCACUACAUGUGGACUAGGCUGCGUUUCCCGUCAAAGGUCAAGGCCGUGUCCAAGUAAUGCCCCAACCUGCGACGUGCGGCAAGUUGAAACAGAGUCACUUGAAUGCAAUGUUGGCAUUUGUCCAGAAUGGGGAGCUUGGCAUGAAUGGCAAGAUGAUGGCUGCUGUUCGGUAACCUGUGGUGUGGGCGUGAUUAAGAGAGAGCGACGUCGAGUCUGUGGCACAAUGAACAGUUCAAAUGGCACUUGUGGGGGAAGUGGUGUUGGACGUGACACACAAUCGUGUUUCGAAGUCGCUUGUUAACCAGCAUACCAACGAGGGCCUUGUGAAGAUGUCCGAGUUUUGCCAGCCAAGUACCCUCUUCUGGUGUACAAUGUGAAUGAAACAUCAGCAGACAUAAAUAUAUAUGAUAUGAUA